UUCCCUGCAGGGCGUGGAAGACCGAAACAGUGCCCCAGCUGGCCGGACCGGGCUAGCAUCAGAGAAGAUGGCUGCAGAGGGGAUUUUUCAGGCCACUGGCUGAAAACAGAGCACCGUUUGUCAUGUUGAGCGACGAGUAGCCAGCGUGUCAGCCCGGUUGUUCCGUAGGUCGGUUCCGCCCGGAUUAUUCGGAGGGAGGGGAUCGAACAACAUGGGGUCGCAGACUCUCCAGAUCCUGAGGCAGGGGGUCUGGGCUUCAGUCACAGGCGGAUGGUACUACGACCCCGAUCAGAACACAUUCGUCAACGCUUUGCAUCUCUACAUCUGGCUGUUUCUGCUAUGUUUCCCCUUCACGCUGUACAUGGCCCUGCCGCCAACGAUGGUUAUAGUCGGAAUCUACUGCGGCGUGAUUGCCGCCAUAUUCCUGCUGCUAAAGAUGGUAAACUACCGCCUCCACCAUGCCCUGGACGAGGGCGAGGUCGUGGAGCACCAGGCCAAGGAGAACCAGAACCGCAGAGGGGGAACGCAGGGCGCUAACGACGGCAGCAUCACCCGUCGGGAGGACAGCAACGGCCCGGGGGACCCUGGAGGGGGCAUAGAGAUGGCAGAUUUUAUCCGACAAGAGACUCCACCGGUGGACUGCAGUUCGAGAAAUUCCUACAUUGGGAUGGAAUCUAAUCAGAUUGCAUCAGCGCAUGGGAGAGCGAUGGGUGUCAAAGGAGACGUGGGAAAGGCUUCGGACGACAUCAGCUUGACUCUCAUCGGCAGCUGCAGUCACGAUCACGACCUGCUGUCGGAAACCAAGAUGUACUGCCUCGUUCCCAGUGACUCCUUUGCCUCGUUGCAGCCUUCCACCUCCUUGUGUCCCUCAGAGCUCUCUCGGGAGGCCGGCGACAUGUGCGCCUCUGCUGCUUAUCACGUCAGCCUGUCGCACUCGUCUUGUGACACAGAGGUGGCCUCCCACGCGUCCAUGCAGUCUCAGGCCUACAGGAAGGAGCUCCGUUCUCGGGGUCUGCCUCGGACCUCCAGCUCGUCGGGCUCUGCCUUUCCCGACCCCUGUCUGCCAGACUUUGCUCUGUAUCCUCCGCCCCGGAGAGUGGGCCUCGACACAGUGUGCGAGCUGGAGGCGGCAAGACCGCACAGGCCCGCGCUGUGCGACAGAGAGCAGCUAUACCAGCAGGAUCAAGCGGUGCCCUCCACCUCGGGGGAAGCGUGCUGCAAGCACAAAGACUCGCACAAGGUGGCCCGCUCUGCCUCUAGAGAGGCGGGGGAAGGCAGCUCAGGGCUCUACCAGGUUGAGGUGGGUGCUGGUAGGAAGGGCUCAGUCGGGGGCGGGAAGUCUCACGCAGGAGAGCAAAGCGCGGACAGCUUGAGGAGCUUGAGUACCCGCAGCAGCGGCUCCACCGAGAGCUAUUGCAGCGGGACAGACCGCGACACCAACAGCACCGUCAGCAGCUUUCACAGUGAACAAACCAGUUCUACGCACGUGGAAAGCCUUCUCUCACUUUCAGGGGAUGAGCACGGACGGGACAGAGAGGCCGUGUCCUCACCCGCAGACGGCCGGAGUUCCAGCCUUGGCGGGGUGGUCUGUCGAGGUCUCGGCAACGUUCCCUCUCGGGAGGCCAAUAAAAACCCUCAUGCCAAUGAGCUGACUGCUAAGCAGACUGUGGGUGCCUCUACUUCUUCCAUCACCCAGGAGCAAGCAGAGCCUGGGGAGAGCACGGAAGAACCUGGCGUCAGGACCAGUGCCGAUGGCUCGACGGGCGUAGCCGCGACUGAGCAGGACAAGGCAAAAGCCAAUGGCCAGCCGAAACCUGAAGCCGGCGUUCAGAGGACUUUGUCUCUGUCAACUGGGCACCGCGGACGCCGACACGGAGGGAAGAAAAGAGCGAGCAGUUUCGAUGCCAGCCGACGCCGGGACUACAUGGCGUUACGUGGAAUGGUUAAACCCUGUAGCGCUGUCUUUAUGGGAGGAGGACAGGAAGACUCUAGUGAUCAAAGUGAACUCAGCUGUGCCUCCAGUCUGCAUUCCACCAACCAUCUGAGCUCGGACAGCUCGUCCAGCACCACUUCCCGCUCCUGCCACUCGCCAGAGGGUCACUUCAAGGCCCUGAAAGCCAAGCAUGCUGCUGCCACUUCCCCCUCCUCCUCCACGGUCAAAGAUCCAGGAGGGUCUGAGGCGGAGGUGGGACCCAGAGGGAAGCGCCGGGCUUCCCGCCGUACGCCCAGCACUGGUAGCGCCAAGACGCAUGCCAGAGUGUUGAGUUUGGACAGUGGCACCGCCGCUUGCCUUAAUGACCCCAACCGCUUAGGAGCGCCGCCUGGGCCCCGGCCCCUCACCACCUCCAAGUCGGAUUUGGAAGCCAAAGAAGGGGAAGUCCUGGACGCUGCGUCUCUGCUCGGUCGGGCCUCUCAGCUGGAAUCAGUGACCCGCUCCAGAAACAGCCUGCCCAACCAGACGGCUUUCACUGAGCCUCAGGAUGCAACUGCAGCUUCACUUCGAGCGCCAGGAAGUGAGGAGACCGUCAUAUUCCGUCGAGAGCGCAGCACGUUUCGUCGGCAGGCGGUGAGGCGGCGGCACAACGCGGGAAGUAACCCCACCCCUCCCACCUCGCUCAUUGGAUCUCCUCUCAGUCUUCAGGAGGCUCUCAGCCAGGCAUCCCAGCCUUCUUCCUCUCUGGUGAAAACUCAGCCAUCCAGAACCCCUUCCCAGGUGACAGUGCUGAGCGCGAGUGUGUCCCUGCUGGCCAGGAAUGGAAGCGCACACCUGGAGGGUUCUCAGGACAAGGCCUCGACUGUGGGCGCCACCAGCUUACAGGACGACUUCGGAAAGCUCACUCCCUCCCUGUCCGAGGCCGGCGGAUGCGACAUGUCGCUGGUCAAUUUUGAACCCGCAACCAGACGGGCCUCCAACAACUUGUGGGACACCGACUCCCACCUCUCCAGUUCUACCUCAGUUCGCUUCUACCCUCACGACCUGUUCUCCCUCCAUCAGAUCCGUCUGAACCGCCUGCUGACCAUGGACCCGGAGCUGCUGGAGCAGCAGGACGGAGACCUGAGCCCGGAGCUGCAGGACGCGCCGCCGGGACAGGACGGCGCCGCGGCCUCCGCUCCCGCCGGCAAGGCCAAGCAGUACUACCGCCUCUGGCUCUUCCCGUUCCUGUGGGUCGGCCUGCAUUUCGACCGGCUCACGCUGCUGGCGCUGUUCGACAGGAACCGCGAGGUUCUGGAGAACGUCCUGGCCGUGGUGCUGGCCGUCCUGGUGGCCUUCCUGGGCUCCGUGCUCCUCGUCCACGGCUUCUUCACCGACAUCUGGGUCUUUCAGUUCUGCCUCGUCAUCGCAAGCUGCCAGUAUUCCCUGCUGAAGAGCGUUCAGCCGGACUCCUCCUCGCCUCGACACGGUCACAAUCGCAUCAUAGCAUACAGCCGGCCGGUCUACUUCUGCCUGUGCUGCGGCCUCAUUUGGCUGCUGCACUACGGCAGUCUGAGGAUCACCUCGUCCCGCUUCACCCUGUAUGGAGUGGCGCUCACCAGCUCGCUGCUGCUGGCGUCGGCCAGAGACCUCGUCAUUGUCUUCACUCUCUGUUUCCCCAUCGUGUUCUUCGUGGGGCUGCUGCCACAAGUCAACACGUUCGUCAUGUACCUCUUCGAGCAGCUGGACGUCCAUGUGUUCGGGGGCAACGCCUGCACGAGUCUCCUGUCGGCGCUGUACAGCACGCUGCGCAGCGUCGUCACCGUCGCCUUGCUCUACGGCUUCUGCUACGGGGCGCUCAAGGAGACCUGGGAGCCGCACCACAUCCCCGUGUUGUUCUCUGUGUUCUGCGGCCUCCUGGUGGCAGUGUCAUACCACCUGAGCCGGCAAAGCAGCGACCCCUCUGUCCUCAUCUCACUGAUACAGUCCAAGAUUUUGCCAAAUCUAAAAGACAAGAACCCAGAGGACCCCCUGUCUGAGGUGCAGGACCCUCUGCCGGACAAGCUGAGGGCCUCGGUGAAUGAGCGCCUGCAGUCGGACCUGAUUGUCUGUGUGGUCAUUGCUGUCCUUUACUUUGCCAUACAUGUCAGCACAGUGUUCAUAGCACUCCAGCCCUUCCUCAGUUACGUCCUGUACGCUCUGCUGGGGACGGUGGGACUCCUCACCCACUACCUGCUCCCACAAGUUCGCAAGCAGCUGCCCUGGUACUGCUUCUCUCACCCGCUGCUCAAAACAAAGGAGUACUACCAGUUUGAAGUCAGAGAUGCGGCUCAUGUCAUGUGGUUUGAAAAGCUUCAUGUGUGGCUGCUGUUUGUGGAAAAGAACAUCCUUUACCCUCUCGUCAUCCUCAACGAGCUGAGCGGCAGCGCCAGGGAACUCGCCAGCCCAAAGAAACUUGACACAGAAGUCGGCGCUCUGAUGAUCACAGUAGCCGGCCUGAAGCUGCUCCGCUCCAGCUACAGCAGCCCCACCUACCAGUACGUCACCAUCCUCUUCACCGUCCUGUUUUUCACCUUCGACUACCGCCAUCUGUCCGAGACGCUGCUGCUGGACCUCUUCCUCAUGUCCAUUGUUUUCAGCAAGUUGUGGGAGCUUUUUUACAAGCUGCACUUUGUUUACACCUACAUCGCUCCGUGGCAGAUCACCUGGGGCUCAGCCUUCCACGCCUUCGCUCAGCCCUUCGCCGUGCCUCAUUCCGCCAUGCUGUUUGUCCAGGCUGUGGUGUCCACGGUCUUCUCCACUCCCCUCAACCCUUUCCUCGGCAGCGCCAUCUUCAUCACCUCCUAUGUUCGGCCUGUGAAGUUCUGGGAGCGAGACUACAACACCAAGAGAGUCGAUCACUCGAACACCAGGCUGGCCUCUCAGCUCGACAGAAAUCCAGGAUCGGACGACAACAACUUGAACUCAAUCUUCUACGAGCAUCUCACUCGCUCCCUGCAGCACAGCCUGUGUGGAGACCUCCUGCUGGGCCGCUGGGGGAACUUCAGCACUGGGGAUUGCUUCAUCCUGGCGUCCGACUACCUGAACGCUUUGGUGCACCUCGUCGAGAUCGGCAACGGCCUGGUCACCUUCCAGCUCCGGGGCCUGGAGUUCAGAGGUACUUACUGCCAGCAGAGGGAAGUGGAGGCCAUCACCGAGGGAGUGGAGGAAGACGAGGGCUGCUGCUGCUGCGAGCCGGGCCACCUCCCUCACGUCCUGUCCUUUAACGCUGCCUUCGGUCAGCGCUGGCUGGCCUGGGAGGUUCUGGUCACCAAAUAUGUCCUGGAGGGCUACAGCAUCACCGACAACAGCGCCGCCUCCAUGCUGCAGGUGUUUGACCUGCGGCGCAUCCUCACCACUUACUAUGUUAAGGGUAUCAUCUACUAUGUGAUUGCUUCACCCAAGCUGGAGGAAUGGCUGUCGAAUGAGACCAUGAAAGAGGGCCUGCGAGGAUGUAGCGAGAGGAACUACGUGGACCUGGAUCCCACCUUUAAUCCAAACAUCGACGAGGACUACGACCACCGGCUGGCGGGCAUCUCCAGAGACAGUUUCUGUGGCGUCUACCUGGGAUGGAUCCAGUACUGUAACUCUCAAAGGGCUAAGCCACUCAACAGUGACAAAGACUCGCCUCUCGUGCUGCUCUGCUUCGGCCUGUGCGUCCUGGGAAGGAGAGCGCUGGGAACGGCAGCGCAUCACAUGUCCAGCAAUCUGGAGUCUUUCCUUUAUGGACUGCAUGCAUUAUUUAAAGGAGACUUCCGCAUCUCUUCCGUGCGAGACGAGUGGAUCUUCGCAGACAUGGAACUGCUCAGGAAAGUUGUGGUACCUGGAAUCCGAAUGUCUCUUAAAUUACACCAGGACCACUUCACGUCCCCCGACGAGUACGACGAGCCGGCUAUUCUCUACGAGGCCAUCUCGUCGCACCAGCAGAACCUGGUCAUCGCUCACGAGGGCGACCCGGCCUGGAGGAGCGCCGUGCUGUCCAACGCCCCGUCGCUCCUCGCCCUGCGCCACGUGCUGGACGAAGGCACCAACGAGUACAAGAUCAUCAUGCUCAACCGCCGGUUCCUCAGCUUCCGCGUCAUCAAGGUGAACAAGGAAUGCGUCCGGGGCCUCUGGGCCGGGCAGCAGCAGGAGCUGGUGUUCCUGAGAAACAGAAAUCCUGAGCGUGGGAGCAUCCAGAACGCCAAGCAGGCCCUGCGGAACAUGAUCAACUCGUCCUGCGACCAGCCCAUCGGGUAUCCCAUCUACGUGUCUCCGCUGACCACCUCCUACUGCAACACACACCCGCAGCUCAGACACAUCCUGGGAGGGCCCAUCAGCAUCGCCAACAUCCGCAACUUUGUCGUCGGCACCUGGCACAGGUUACGGAAAGGUUGUGGUGCCGGGUGCAACAGUGGAGGGAACAUCGAGGAUUCGGACGCAGGGGGGUUGUCGUGCGGCAGCGGGAAUGGGACGGGAGGAGAUUCUCACCAAAGCUCGGUGUCACACGGUGGAACCACCGGACCCGCUCCCCCUCACUCUUACCAGCCCCAUUCUCUAGGCACCAGCCAGAGCUCCCAGUCGGUUCAGUCCGGUCUGGUUCGUCAGUCCCCGGCCCGCGCCUCCAUGGCCAGCCAGUCCUCGUCCUACCGCUACAGCAGCAGCCGUCAUUCGUCGCUGCGCACCUCCGCCACGGGCCUGGAGCCCUGCCGCCGUUCCUCCACCAGCCAGCUGUCCCUGCGCACGCUGCCCACCUCGCUGCAGCUGCGGCUGGGCUCCACGUCCGACCCCGCCGGCCCGUCCUCCUCCCUCUCCAGCCACAGCAUCCCGCCCUGCAAGCGUCACACCCUGGUGGGCCUGCUGGGAAACGACGGUGUGUGCAGUGCCGUGACGGACCCGCUCAGCCAGCUCCACAGCCACCACCACUACCCGCAGCAGCACAACCCCACCGUCUCCACAGUACGAAGAGACGACAUCUCGUACAGAGUCCAGAUUGUGGACGUGACUCAGGUGUUGGAGAACAUCAACCUGCCGAAGCGGAAGGAGCUGCUGUGGCCCGACGAGGCGAUGAGACUGAGGGCAGGACGGACCUGCUGGAGGGACUGGAGCCCCGUCGAGGGCAUGGAAGGUCAUGUGAUUCACCGGUGGUUGCCUUGUAGCCGAGACCCAGCCAGUCGCUCCCACAUCAACAAGACCAUCCUGCUGGUACAGGUGGAAGAUAAGCUAGUGCCCAUCAUUGAUACUGGGGUCAUCGAGUUGGGUGCCGAGGUUUGAGACUAUUCAGCCAAGCACACACAGCCGCACGCAAUGACCAGGUUGCUUGUGUGGAGACACCCGGGCCUCCUCCCAGCCUCCACCCUCCACCCUCUACCGCCCCCAGGCUAUUCAGCAGGAUGCCAGAUCCUGCAGACAAUGGGGAAAUGGGAGCUCCCCCCCUCGCUCCCGUUCCUCAGCGCCGAGGGGGAAAGGAAGCCAGGGAAACGUGCAAACACGGGCAGAGUCUCCAUUUGUCGUACACGCUUUGCCACAUCCACGGUAUCUGCCUUGCGUCGCAUCUCAGAAAUGCUGCAUGACGGUAAACAACGCUCACAUUAAGUUAUUCUUUGCUGCUGGUGAUUUCAUUUCUAUGCAUCACAUCUAUGCUUUUGUUAGAUUUUUUUUUAUUAUUAUUAUUAUUAUUACAAAGCGCAAGACCAGAGGAGUUUUUUUUCUUUUUUUUUGCCAAAUAAUUCUGUUCAUGAUUUUCUAUGGUUUCAAACAAGUGAAAGCUUUCUCUCACUUUAUUAUUAUUAUGUUUUUGGCUGCCAAGACUGCAGAGGAAGUUAUGCAGAACGGAGACAAGUGGGUCCCCAACCAACUCUGCUUGAUUGUUGUCAUUCCUUUUUGUGGAUUAGUUAGAUUUUUUUUUCCCCAAGAUUAAGCUGCGCAAAGAAUUAAACAACUUGCACUACUUUUUCUUUUUCUUUUUUUUUUUACAGGGAUGCACUACAAUCUUUAGAUCACGUUUUAUUUAUUACAGACUCUGAAUGACCAUGGUUACCGAUGCCUUGGGGAAUGACAAAAUGCAAUCAUUAUUCUGUUUUCGGACAUUUUUAUUUCAAUUUUUUUCUCAGUUUGAUAAACUUGAAAAUAACUUUUUACUGUAUAUGAAUUUAUCUAUACAUAUAUAUAUUUACACAAAUAUAUAUAUAUAUAAUGUCUAUAUCUAAAAGAUUUUGUUUUCGAUAUUUAUUACUGUGAACAUAGUAUUUUUUUUUCCUUUUGGGACAAAGCUUAAUGUAUUAAGGACCAUCGGUUGAAAACAAGAUGCCGCCUUUUUUCGAUGGACUGUUUCACUAUUUAACUUGAUUCUUUUCUAUAUGGAGAAAUAAAAAGUUUGAUUUAUUGUUCUCU